AUGGCGUCCCGCUCAGCCAUUUCUCGUCUGACCCCCCGGGCCCUCGCCCCUCGCGUCGCCGUCCCCCGGCAGCUCAGCACCGCGGCGGCCGUCUCCCGCGCCGCCGUGGCUACCACCCCCAUGGCCCGCGUCACCGCCUCCCCGUCCCGCUACCUCCUCAGCUCUAUCCAGCAGCAGCGCCGCAUGGCCAGCUCCGAGGCUGAGGGCGGUGGUGAGUCCAUGACUGUCCGUGAGGCUCUCAACGCCGCCAUGGAGGAGGAGAUGAACCGCAACGACAAGGUUUUCGUCAUGGGAGAGGAGGUCGCUCGUUACAACGGUGCCUACAAGGUCACUAAGGGUCUUCUGGACAAGUUCGGUGAGGAGCGUGUUAUCGACACCCCCAUCACUGAGUCUGGAUUCGCCGGUCUCGCUGUCGGCGCUGCCCUCGGAGGUCUUCACCCCGUGUGCGAGUUCAUGACCUGGAACUUCGCGAUGCAGGCCAUCGACCAGAUCAUCAACUCUGCUGGCAAGCUCUACUACAUGUCCGGUGGCACUGUCCACUGCCCCGUCACCUUCCGUGGCCCCAACGGUGCCGCUGCCGGUGUUGCCGCCCAGCACUCUCAGUGCUACGCCGCUUGGUACGGAAGCGUUCCCGGCCUUAAGGUCGUCUCUCCCUGGUCUUCUGCCGACGCCAAGGGUCUCCUGAAGGCCUGUAUCCGUGAGCCCGGACCCACGGUCUGUCUCGAGAACGAGCUCCUUUACGGUUCGUCGUUCCCGAUGACCAAGGAGGAGAUGUCCGACGACUUUGUCAUCCCCAUUGGCAAGGCCAAGGUCGAGCGUGAGGGUACCGACAUCACUCUUGUCGCCCACUCGAAGGCUGUCGGAGACUCGCUCGAGGCCGCCAAGGCUCUUGAGAAGAAGGGCAUCAGCGCCGAGGUCAUCAACCUCCGCUCGAUCCGCCCGCUCGACAUCGACACCAUCAUCAAGUCGGUGAAGAAGACGAACCACCUCAUCACGGUUGAGGGUGGCUUCCCCGCGUUCGGUGUUGGAUCGGAGAUCAUCGCCCAGGUGUGCGAGUCGCCCGCCUUCGACUUCCUCGACGCUCCCCCUGAGCGCAUCACUGGUGCCGACGUCCCGACCCCGUACGCUCAGACGCUUGAGGAGCUCGCGUUCCCGGACGCCAACGUUGUCGCGAAGGCGGCUGAGCGUCACCUGUUCAAGCAGUAA